GCAGAGCAUCAGAUGUCAAUAAGAGCCCUCAGCACACCCCAGCCAGCACUCGCCAAGUGAGUCAGGACUCCACUGAACACGCUACAUAUUCAGCACAUGAUCGCACUGACAAAUUAGUGACGUCAUCUUCAUAUACCGACGUUUCUUCUAGCACACAGUGAGGCGAGCGUGGGACCCGAUGCCGCCGACGACGAUGUUGUUGGUGGUGGCGAUGGUGGUGCUUGACUCUGCUCAAGCCUUCCUCCCCACCAAGCUCAACCACUCCGACCCACAAGUGAUCUCUCUCCUCUGUCCCGACGCCAUGGUGGGCCUCACCUGGGACCAUAAAGCCAUUACGAGAGAAGCCCUGAGAAGGGAGGUAAGACGGUUCUUCAUGGAGAACCCUCCGGUAGAGGACCUCGACGCGUUCUACAUCCCUGAGGACGCCUCCCUCACCCAGGUCUUCAGGGCCGUCUACGGUCCCAACUCCUCUCCGACCCGCUUCAUCAAGGCGGUGAACAACAUAGCGUGGAGCAACGCCAUGACGGAGGCGAGCGGACAGAUGAGGUACAACGCUGCCCUCCACAUGGACGGAGAGACCAUCACCAGGGGCCACUACCUCCUGCAGAGUCGCUACCUCAACCUGGUGGCCGCCAUCAACGUCGACCACGACUACUCUUAUGGCAGACACCUCCUCGGCACCUCUCUUAACGCCAUCCAGGACUUCUACUCCCAGACGACAUGGGUGGAGUUGGGGCGGACGGGAGUGGCCGAGGGGCUUGGCAUUCCUGGUAUGGACAUCGGGGACGUUGCCGGACCGCUAGACGCCGUCUGCAGCGACUGUGGUAACGCUGUAGGAGAGUGUCGCGACAACGUGGUCCCGGGCAGCCCCCUGAGCAGCGGCUACUUCGAGUACAGUGUCCCUGCAGCGCUGAGCUACAUCGUCCACAAGCCCACCAACAUCACUGGCAAGUGCAGUCAUGGAGGCUCUGUGGAUGACUCGGCCACGAAGCAAGCCAUCGGAGGCAUCAACAAGGAGUCGUCCUCGCCCUGCUUCUCCCCACAUCAUUACCUCCACCAGCAGGCUGUGGACCUCGCCAUAAAGGCAAGUCAAUACUACUUGGGUUACCUGCGCAAUGCCGUCGGCGACGACCAGUUCCGGCGCCUGCUGGACCUCUACCAGAACUCGGCCCUAUCAAUCGUCAUUGAUACCACAGGCUCCAUGGCGUUCGAGAUUUCUGCCGUGAAGACGGAAGCUCAACUUAUAGUGGAGAGAACUGACCCCGAGCUCUACAUCCUCGUGCCCUACAAUGACCCCUCAUAUGGCCCGGUUACACUGACUGCGGACCCGGACGAAUUCCUUGACGAAUUGAAACUGUUGGAUGCGUUUGGUGGGUGUUGCUGCGUGGAGGAGAAGUUCUGGCACGGGCUGCGGCUGGCUCUGGACAACACCCCGGACUACUCUAAUAUCUACUGCUUCACCGAUGCUGGAGCCAAUGACGCAGAGCUUAUGGACGGAGUUAUUGCCUUAGCCACAUCUAAGCACUGCAAGAUAACCAUUAUAUACAGCUACAAUAACGGAUCGAGAGCAGAGGAAGGGUCGCUGGGCUCCUGCAACGGGGACUACGUCUUCUCGGAGGUGGCGGAGUACGAGUACCUGGCAGCCAUCACCGGAGGGGCCUUUAUCGAGAUCAACAAGUUCGACGUGGACGAAAUUUUGGGGAUUAUGCAGGAUGGCGUUGAGGAAAGUCAGGCGAGUCUGAGCAUGCGCAGCAGCGUACGGGGGCUGCAGGUGGUUCCCUUCCCUGUCGACGACUCCGUCAGUAACUUCACUGUCACAAUCUCAGGCGACGUCACCGUUGCCGUGCUCUCACAUACGUCUGGAGUAACUUUUGACCUGACCAACGAGGAGGAGCUGGAGGCCACUACUGGGGUUCACGUGGUCUCUCACACAAACGAACUUAAAUCCAUUACGUUUUCCAACCAGUCCAUCGGCCAGUGGACUCUGGAGGCGGAUGGAGGUACGACAGACUACAGCCUGGCAAUCAGCGGUUCCUCGACACUCUCCUUCCUGUCAGAGUUCUGUGACCUGGUGACUGAACCGCCCAGGCCCACAUACCGUCUGAUCAUGGGCCAGCCUAUCACUGGUGUGGCAUACUACAUCGAGGUGACGCUGGUGGGAUACCUAGAGUCUCUGGUCAGCAGUGUCACAUCCCUACAGCUCAUAGAUGAGGCUGGAGGAUUGUUCUCGACAAUGGAGUAUGCCGAGGACGUGGAUGAACAUUUUUACAUUCUCAGUGAAAAACUCCCGGCUGUGCCUUUCUUCGUCCAGGUGAAUGGCUUCCUUCAAACUGGUACACCCUUCAGUCGGAUCUCCCCAUCAAUGAUACUGGCAGUGAAUUGUGCUGUGGAGCUUCUGUUGGAAACAUCAGAGAUGUCUGCCCGUGCUGGGGAGCAAGCCACAGCCUAUUUCUCGGUUAAAAACUUUGGUCCUGAAGCCACCUUUAACUACUUUGCUACUGAUGAGUUGCAAUACGUUUCAAGUUGGAGCCCAGUGAAGUCAACUAUACCCUCUAUGGGGUCUGACACCAUCACAGUACUGUUCGAUGUGCCUUCAUCUGCCAUCGCAGGCACAGUGAGCACAGUUACUGUAACUGCCAGCUCAGAACUGCAAGAAAAUGUCAACACUGCCAUAGCCUACUUCCUUGUUCUCCCUGAUCACCUUGACAGUGAAGCGCCAACGUGUAUCAGCAACAGUGAGCCAUCCUGCGCCGACUACAGCACCCCCGGCUCCUGCAGCGAUGGCUCUUGGAGCGUUACAGGCAUCAUGCAGGACACCAUAUCAGGUCUAAGCAUUAUCUACUCUCGACCAGAGAAUUAUUUAACAGUAGAUGACUUCUCCGUGGGGACAACUCUGCCUAUCGCUGUCAAUUUUAGUUCCUCUUGCUGUACCAGGGAUGUGCAGAUCAUCGGGCGAGACCAGCAGGGCAACAUCGGCGUAUGUCACUGGAAUCUGGGAGCACUCCAUGGAUCUGUGAUAGAGUUCGUGGCAGAGUCUGUGGGCUAUACUUGGGUUUAUCUCAGAUGGAACAUGAGCGACGUUCCUAAAGAUCUCUCGAAGUACAUCAUCAAUAUUAAUGACGACUUUGUUGAGGAGUCGCGAUGUAAGGAGCUGGUGUGUUGGAAGAAUGUAACCUACCUGAAUCCAUGCAUGCUGCAAACAUUCUCCUUAACACCAUAUUACUUGCUAGACUCUCUAGUCGAGGGCGCCGUUCUCAACACAGAGGCAACCACACUCGGAGAUGUUCCUGGAGCCCCCACCGACCCCAAAACUGAAUAUAUUUCCACUACCUCUACCACCAUCACAUGGAGUGAACCUGUCAAUAAGAACUGCUUUCAGCAUUAUGAGAUUUGCUUCACUAUGAUUGGGGCAACAGAAGAUCAUUGCGUGAUUUCCACCAUAAACAGCUACACCAUGGAAAGUCUGGAGGCCUGUACUGUCUACCACGUCACUAUAACCUCUGUAUCUCUCUUAGGACUCCCCAGUGACCCGCUUACCUUCGACACCAACACGGAUGAUGCUGCACCCGGAGCUCCGGAGAAUUUACACGUCAACAACCAAACGACCAGCUGGGUUGAACUGGCAUGGGACAACCCUCUGGACAGAGCAAACUGUGUCAAAGACUGGAUAAUCACAUACACUACUGGGAGUAGCAAAAUGUCGGUGAAACCCUUCAUUACCGAGGCACCAUCCGACAACUAUGCUACCGUAUCUGACUUGUUUGCUUGUACCAACUACACCUUCUGGGUGUCGGGGGUAUCAGUCACAGGCUUGCAGGGCAGUACCAAGACAACUCGUACCACCUUGGCUGAAGUGGAUGUGACGCCAUUGGAAUCGGUGACCAUCAUCAACGUAGAUGCCAACAGUAUAUCGGCCAUGUGGACAGCAGCAUUAGUAGAACAGUGUGUUGAUCAUUAUCAUGUGUGUGUACAGGAUGUAGUUUCCUUCACCGAAGACUGCUAUGACAUGAAUGGCAGAGAAACAGUCUUCACGGACCUGGAGGCAUGUGUACAAUACGAAGUGACUGCGAUGGCAGUCUCCCCCUCAGGCAAGCCAAGUCCCCCCAAGCACACCAUGGCAACAACUGGAGAGCUUCCCACUAGUGCACCCACUGACUUGCAGUUGAUAGAUGUGACUGCCCACUCUGCCAUAGUCACUUUUGGACCACCUCUGGAAAAUCCAAAUUGUGCCAACAUGUACGACAUCUUGGUCAUAAGCCUGGAAGGCAGUGUCGACAAAAAGGCCAUGAGCAUAGUCUCAGAUGUGAGCACACGGCAGGAGCACACACUUACAGGUCUUGAAGGAUGUACCAGAUACAUGGUGCGUGUUAAGGCAGUCACAUUGUCUGGUUCCGUGAGUCCGGCCACCAGCCUAAAUUUUACCACCAUAGAAGAAACGCCCUCGGCUCCCCUUGAGGUGCAGCAAGCUCGUGUGACACAAAACUCUGUUGAACUGCAUUGGUUCAGGCCUCAGGAAAGUAAAUUGUGUGCCGAGGCCUACAGAAUAACAUGGACUAGCAGUACAGACAGUGGAAGCCAAGAUUACCUAUUUCCUGACCACCCAGCAAAUGUUUGGGCCACAGUGAGUGGACUGACAUCGUGUACACUCUACACCUUCUCAAUCUCGGCAGUAACGCCCUUGGGAAACGAAGGACCUCCUGCCACCUACAGUACCUCCACCAACUGCUGAUGAAUUACAACCAGACUUCCAGCUCCCUGUAUUCCUAUGGUAUUGUUAAUCCUUUGCCUUAUAACAUGACAAAUAUACUGUGACCCCCAUCAUAAUUGUCCAUUAAUGCAGAGGAUACUGUAACUUGCAGUACCAACUGAAUAACGAUAAUAAUAGUCUUGUAAGUCAACAUGCAAUGUUUGUAUUUUGUAUGGGGAAGGGAACUAUCAAGAGAAAGUGUCAAACAAUUAUGAUACAGCUUUUGGGAGAGAUGGAGGGGGAGAAGGGGAUGGAUGGGGGGGGAAAUAAAUAUUCCUCUUGUUUUAAAAAAACAAGAGGGAUAUGGUUCUUAGCUCCUAUGUAUUUUAGAAUUUUCAAAAAGAAUGGUUUCAUAAUCGAAUUCGUGUAACUCAAGGUUUCCAAAUGCUACAAAUAUUGUGUGUACUGUACUGUUACACUAAUAUUAAAAGUAAAAAACAU